AUGCUCCUCGGCCAGCUGACCGCUCUCCUGAGCCUGCUCGGCGGGGCCCAGCUGCUCACGGGCUCGGGGAGGCCCCCACCCCAGCCCCCCACCACCUCCAAUCACACAUGGGCUCAGGGCCUCGGGGCCGCGGCCUCCCCGGGGCCGUCAUCCGCCCUCGGCAGCUGGAAGGCCUUCCUGGGCCUGCAGAAAGCCGGGCGCCUGGGGCCCCGCGCGCGGCAGCCUGGGCAGCAGGUGGCCACCGCCCUGUCUCUGCCGCUGGACCCGCAGGAAGUGGCCCGGGAGAUGUGCAGGGCUGUGCCCUUCACGCAGGUGCUCUCCCGGCCGGGCUGCAUAGCUGUCCGUCUCCGAAAUCACCUCUGCUUUGGUCACUGCUCGUCAGUCUACGUCCCCGGCUCCGGGCCCACCCCUCGCGUCCUCUGCAACAGCUGUGUGCCCGCGCACAGGCGCAGGGUGCCCGUGGCCCUGUGGUGUUCGGCAGGCCGCCCGGCCUCCCAGCGGCGGGUGAUGACGUCCACCGUGCUGGUCAAGGGCUGUCAGUGCAGCCCGAGGGUGUGAGCUGAGCAUCUCAGACAGACACACAGAUGCACGUGCCCUGGAGAGACGAAGAAAGCCACUGAGGAAGACGCCGACCCGGAUGGUGCACACCGGGUCAAGAGACCAGACAGGUCCCCAGAGCCCUCGCCUGCUCCUGGGGAUGCCCGGCAACCCCCACCCACGGGAUGGGCCAUUCGUAAUCGCCGAGUGCACUUAUUGAGC